AUGGAUAAGUCAUGGAUGCAUGCGGAUAGAAUAUCGAAGGCAUAUGAGUUAGUUGGAAUUAUAAGGGACCACUUAUACUUCAAUGGAAUUGACCCAAGCAAUAAGAUUUGGACAUGGCACGGAGAACCUUGGGAAUGGACUGCUAAUGCUAGUAGAAAUGUAGAAGAAGAUGAGCAAAGUAGGUUCAGUUUUGUUUCUGAAGAAGUAGGGAUGGAUGAUAAUGAUUUAGGCGAUAUUGGAUUUGAUCCUUAUGAGUUUGCCGAUGUGAUUGGGGAUAGAGAUCAACCCUUGUACCUUGGUAGUAAAUUAUUGAUACUUCAAGGAGAUUUGCUUCCUGAAGGAAAUACACUACCUUCCUCUAUGUACGAGGCAAAAAAGACAUUGUCUGCUUUAGGGAUGAGUUAUGAGAAAAUCCACGCAUGUCCCAAUGACUACAUCUUGUAUGGGAAGGAUUAUGAAGAUUCAACUAAUUGUCCUACUUAG